GCGGUUGUCCUGUCUGCCCCGGCUCCGAGUUCGGGCGGUGGCCAUGUUAGUGCCGUGUCUUGGUUUAAAACGCGCUUCCAGAGCCGACGGCGGAUGUGGGGUCUGUGAAAACGGGAGCUGCGGCAGCCAUGGAAACUCGGCUGGCGAAAGGCUUGUACCUCGCUUGGGUUAGAGACAGGGAGGUUCUUGUUGGCAUUGGAACCCCCACGACCGCGCUCCAACUUUGGACGACCAGUCAAUCGGAUGCAAUUUGGUUCCAGCAUAGGCGGCACAAUUGGCUGGGAAUAUCCGUCUGGGCCUCCGUAGUGCCGGGGCACUUCCAGAACUGGUCGAUGCGAGACAGGGUUGAGGGUGUGAAGAAAUCUGUCGAUCAGUACAGGACUGGCGGGCUGGGGGAAGCUUCCCGCACCGUUCGGUGGGGACUAAGUUUGCCGUGGACGUUACGAAGGGGGGCGAGGGUCGCACUGAAAAAAGCAAAGAUUGAAGGAGUGAGCUGGAAGUGUGUUGGUGCUGACGGGUCGACCAAUGUUGUGGCUAUCCCCAUUCUCCCAAGCCUCCCAAGUCGCGGGCGGCGCGGGAGAAGGACGGUGUGGACGGCGUGGACGACAGCCAAGGGAACUGGGAAGGCACCGCAUGUGAGAUGCAAAGGGAUCCAAUGCAUGCAGGAAAAGGCCCCACCUAAGUGGACCGUCGACGUCGACGAGGGACACGCUCAGGACACGCUUGGGACACGCUCGGGACAUCCUGGGAGGAAGGAACCUGACACAACCAUCCCACCAGACGCCGGUUUUUCGGAUGCGCCUAGAAUUCUGCUGGAAGGGACUCGUUCCCUCGGGGCCUUCGGGAGGCUGGAUUCGCUGGGUUUAGUUGGUGUCAACCAGGAGCCUAAGGUUCCUUGGCAAGCUAAGGAGUAGCUCCCUCGAAACCCUCGCCCGGAAUGUCUCCUCUGGAAUCCCUCCAACUGGGAUUCCUCCACCCACUGAACUCUGGAGUGAGCCCUAACGAGCAGGGGUGGGCUUCCAUAAUUAGGCGGGUAGGUUGUACGAGGGGCCUGUCACCGACGUCAAUUCGUACUACGUAGUACCGGUGUAUCUAGGCAUAGGGCCCUGAACCAAGCUUGGUCGUGCCGCGGUCAAAUACAGUUCAGCCAGUCCUUCCCGCCCGAAGCAAGAUUGACGUAGGCACGACCUGACCUUAACCAGGCACUGCACGCGCCGACAACGGCAGAGCGCUUGCCUUGAUGGAUGCAUUUUGCAAUAUCACGCUGCUACGUACCUUCUCAUUCACGCUUCGUGCUUCGCAUUUCGUACCCGUGGUAAUGACGUGGUGCGUGCUUUGAUCACACUCUACUGUAUUCGUCCCUAAAUCAAACCUUCAUCC